CUCGUAAGGAAUUGGAGAUACGGAUCGCGGAGUUAAACUCUCAAAUAAACGCUAGUACUAGCAAGCAACAACAUCCAGAGGGUGCACAGAAACCAAUAUUCUCAUACUCUCACUCUUCUUCCCGUGGGAAAUAUCCUAAAGCCUAUCAAAAACCUUCAUAUAGACCUCGUCAUAUGAACAUGAACAUGUCAUUAACUAACGCUAACUCUGCAGACAGCUCACAACCAGCAUCUUGGGUAUCUAGGAGAACUGGUAAUAUGUCAUUAGUCACAUCUGACACCCUAGAGAAAUCACUCUCCUUAAAAGCUGCCAAAGAGAAGGAAAUAGCGACCAAGAAAGCUCAGAGGUUGGCUAGAAAAUCAUCAAAGAGAAAGAAACAUCAAUCAAUCACCAAAGAUGGUCGUAGACAGAUAAUUAUUGAUGGCGUACCAUUCGAAUUUGACGAAACGGGCGGCAAAUUAGUCAAAGUUGCAAAGGAGGAUAAUGAUACAUUCAACGAUGAACCGCAACAAUCUGUAUAUAAUAUCAUGGAUGAUGACACUAACAACAACAACAACACUCCAAAGAAGAUGACGAUAGAUGGUACGAACUAUGUUAGAACUAAGUCAGGCAAUUUAGUUAGGGAUAUAUUUGCAAAGAAACGUAAUGAGGAGGCUAUGAAAGCUAAACAACAGCGUUUGGAUAAAAUGGUUGGUAUGCUCGGUAGUGUUCAGAGAGCACGUAAUACACAAAUACAACGUAAACCUCAUAAUAAAAAGGAGGUCCUAUCGGAAGACCAGAAGAUAUCUUUCGGCAGGAAAAGAUGCCCAACUUUCACAAAAUCAGGUAGAUGUUCGAAAGCUCUACAUUGUCCAUACGUACAUGAUAGCAGCAAGACAGCAAUAUGUCCACACUUUUUACGCAAGAAAUGUAGGAAUAGUGAUAGCAGUUGUCCACUAUCACAUACCCCAUCACCUAAUAAUAUGCCAAAUUGCUCGCAUUUCGAAUCACCAAAUGGAUGUAGAGCAGGCGAUGAGUGUUUAUUUACUCACGUACAUUUGAGCAAGGAUGCUUCAGUUUGUCGUGACUUCGCAGUACUAGGAUUUUGUGAUAAAGGUCUUGACUGUGAUUCUAAACACGUUCGAGAAUGUCCAGAUUAUGCCGAGAAUGGUGAAUGCAAGAAUCCAAGUUGUAAUUUGCCUCAUAUCCUUAAAUCUGAAGCUAACAAAGUUGGCGUUAUCGAUGAAUUUACCAAACGCAAGGAAGUUGAAGAAGAAUCACAGGAAGAACAAGAUGAAAGCUCUAAACCAACUUUCAAGAGGAGAAAAAAUCAACAUGAUGAUCUUACUGAGCAGUCAGAUUUUGUCACUUUUGAUGACAGCGGGAAUUCGUCUGAUAGUGCAGAUAGUGUAGACAGUGAUCAAGAGUCUGUGAAUUCUGACGAUUACAAUCUUGCCAAUGAAUCAAUACCAUUGUAUUAGUAAACUAAUUUAUAAUGAAGGGUAUAUUUA